AUGGAGAACGCAUUGGCAUUGGUUCGUGAUGAUGCUGGAGUCUGGAGAGACCAAGAUGGUCAUGUGUGUAAUGAGAGAGGCCAGCGACUUGAUGGAGAGGGUAACAUCAUCAGGACGCUGGGUGACUACAACAGGCCUGAGCAGUUCUAUGCAAAUCGGUCUGCGAUUCGCGCUUCUGCAUUUCAGAGGAACGAUUUUGAGCUGAAACCUGUAUACUACACUCUUGUGGGUCAGCAUUUCUUUCAUGGCCACUCUCAUGAGCACCCUAUGGAUCAUAUUGAGAGGUUUGAGGACUUGCUGUUUCCAUACUCUCUUGCUGGAGAAGCAGCUAACUGGCUGAAACAGUUGGAACCAGGAUCACUAACUACUUGGGAGGAGACCAGAAACGCCUUUUUGCACAAUUUUUAUGAUGAUGCCAUGUCUGAGGAACUGAGACUCAAAAUCUCAACGUUUUCUCAAGGACCAACUGAAGCAUUCAAGGCUGCUUGGGUGAGAUUCAAGUCAUAUCAGAGAGAUUGUCCACAUCAUGGUUUCAGUGAUGUUCAGCUGCUAGGUAUUUUCUUCAGAGGUGUUGAUUGGAGGUAUCAGAUGGCUCUUGAUGCAGCGAGCAAUGGAAACUUCAACACUAGAUACCCUGAAGACGCUGUUGUGCUUACUGAUAACUUGGCAUCUAGCAAUAGUACUAAGAAUGCAGACUAUCAGCGAAAGAAGCAGGGUGGAAACAUGGAUGGAUCGCAGAUUGCUGAGGUGAAGGCUAAGCUUGACUCUGUGCAUAGCCUUCUAGUGGAUGAAGCCCUUGAGGAAGAGGUUGUUAACUUCAUCCAUGGAGCUGGAUUUCAGGGUCAGAGAUUUGGUACUCAGCAAGGGAAAACGAAUUACAGUGGAAAUAAUCAGAGGAGUACCUUCACAGAUAAUGAGGUGAAAUCUAUGCUGGAACAGAUCUUGGAAGGUCAGCAGAAGAUGACUGUGGAUUUCAAUGGGAAGAUUGAUGCUCUGUAUCUGGAUCUGAAUGGAAAAAUUGAAGUUCUGAACACUUAUGUCAAGAAGCUUGAUACUCAGGUUGCUCAGACUGCAGAGUCUUUAAAAAGGCAAGAAGGAUUCCUUCCUGGGAAGACUGAUACCAAUCCUAGGCAUUACUGCAGUGCCAUCUCGUUAAGGAGUGGUAAGAAGUUGACUCAUGUGCUUAAAAAGGGUGUUUCUGAGGAUGAAAUCGUGGAAUUGGACGAAUCUGAAGAAAAUUUCGAAGUUGCAGAGCCGGUGUCGAGCGACACCACAACUAGUGUCGCGCGACACCAAUUGCAGAGCGAAGCCGAUAUUGCUCAGAAUCCGAAGCCAGCAGAGGAAAAGGUUUACAAACCUAAGAUUGCUCCUACUCUCAGACACUAUGUGAAGAGGAUUGUGACUAAUAAUCUGAGUCAUGAGGAAGGAGUGAUGAUGAUUUCUGAACAGGUCAGUGCUGUGAUUCAGAAUAAGAUUCCAGAGAAGCUCUCGGAUCCAGGAAGCUUUGUUUUGGACUGCUCUAUCUUCUCAGAGAGGUUCAAGAGAUCGCUGUGUGAUCUUGGUUCGAGUGUUAACCUCAUGUCAUAUUCUGUAGCUGUUAGCCUUGGAAUGACUGAUUUCAAACCAACUAAGAUCUCUCUAAUCCUAGCAGAUCGAUCUAAAAGAAUCCCAAAAGGUGUCUUGGAGGAUGUUCCGAUUAAAGUUGGUGAUUGCAUAAUUCCUACAGAUUUCGUGGUUCUGGAAUAUGGAGAAGAACCCAAAGAUCCUCUUAUCCUGGGAAGAUAUGUCAAGCAUGGUAACCUUGAUCUCCACCUGGGAGAUACCAUCAUGACUUUCAAGAUGGAGAAGCUGAAGGAUUCAACCAUAGAUGGUCAGACAUUCCAAGUCAGUGCAAUACCUGAAGUGAUAGUUGGAGAUCAGAACGUGUUUGAUGCUGAGAAGGUGGGAGAUCAACCUGAGUUGACGAAAACGUCUACAGAACCAGUGACUGCUGUUGCUCAGGAAGCUCAAAACAUCAUGCUCUAUUCAUCUCCAGCAAAGCAAAGAGCACUUGGUUUUUCUAUUGAUGAUAUUUCAGGGAAUAGGUUGAAGCCACCCAAACACUGA